AUGUUUUCACCAUUGAUAAGAAAACCAAGGAUAAGUAUAAUAGGCAAUAGAUUAUUCAGUAUAUCUCCAUAUUCAUAUAAACUAUUCAGAAAACAACAACAACAACCAUCACCACCAUCAUCAAAGGCUAGUGGGACAGGACCCUCAGAUCUCGAUUUCAAAACUCAUCCAAUUCUAAAACGAAUUCCAAAAUUUAUGCAAAAUUAUUCAUUAAAAUUCAUAAAUGCACCAUUUUCGAACUUAUUAUCAUUCAUAAUAGUUCAUGAAUUAACUGCAAUUAUACCACUUGUUGGGAUUUGGUAUUAUUUACAUCAACAUCCAGGUUUAAUUCCAAUUGAUUUACCUACUUGGGCAUUAGAAAAAGGUGGUAAAGUAUUAGAUAAGGUUGUUUCUCAAUAUUUUACUGAUUUUGAUCUGAGUUCAAAGAUUAAUUUUAUAAUGGAAGGUGCUUACGCUUUCACGAUUGUUAAAUUUUUCCUUCCAUUAAGAAUUUUGGUUAGUUUAUGGGCAAUGCCUCAUUUUGCAAAAUGGGCAAUUUUACCAAUUACUAAUAUAUUUAAAAACUUUAAAGAAUUGAGAAGAUUGAAGAAGAUCAAGAGGGAGAAAAAAGGUUUGGAUGAAGUUAAGACAAAAAGCGUUGAUAAACCAAAAUUGUAA